UCACUAUAUUUAUUAGUUGUGCUUGUUCAGUUCCCAAUUCUACAGGCGAAAAGCUUCGCAUUUCUUACCGAACUCUCCUUCCUUUCUUCCGCCAAACCAAACAGAAAGACUCCCCUCCUUCCGCUGGAAACGUAAUCGAGGUGCGUGACUGUAAUGUAGCAGAUUGCCGCGGAGAUCAUUUCCCCGUCGCAGUUCUUGUUCUUCUGCUGCUGCUUCGCGAUUCAUCUGGAGGAAGAAGACCUCGGACGAUUAUCACAUAUCGAAGAAGAAAUUCUCCAGCCAGAGAGUUGUGUUAGUCCUCGCAGAUGGAUAGCUUCACCGCCGAAGAUCUAUCCACGAUCGGGGGAAUCGCCACCGUCUCGCUUCUUCACUCCUUUAUCCCCACCCACUGGCUGCCUUUCUCCAUCGUCGGCCGCGCUCAGAAAUGGACUCUCUCCAGAACCCUCCUCGUCAGGAAUUUUGUUUCUCCCUGCAGCUGCUUUUGGGGCUGUCUUGCAUGUUAUCUCAACUUCGCUCCUUGGCAUCACGGCAAUCACAAUGGCAAACACAAUUGCUGGUGAAGAAACAGUUCACAAGCUAGCGUCAUUGCUUCUCGUAAUUCUUGGUGGUAGUUACGUGUUGCUGUUUCUCUCUGGAAAAGGUGGACACAGUCACUCUCACAACCAGCCGAUGGAGAAAAUGGCUGUUGCAGGGCUUGUUCUUGUUCCUGCAUUAUCUCCUUGUGCGACUACACUUCCAGUGUUCCUUGCAGUCGGUAAUUCAUCCUCUAUGAUGGUGCUUGCUAUCAUCGUGCUGCUAAUCAGCACGAUAACUGUGAUGACUUCACUGGUGGCUCUGUCAUUCUACGGUGCUAGUCAAAUCAAGUUCCACUGGGUGGAGCGCUACGACAAACUUCUUGUGGGUUCCGUUCUCUGUCUGGUGGGAAUCUUGACGCUCAUCUUCCACGAUCAUGAUCAUGGUCACAGUCACCACCACGGAGAGGGAACUUUCGCAGCUCAGCAACUGCCAAGAAAAGUCAUUCUCCCUUGACCAUUUCCCCAUGCAGGUGACAAAAAAAGAUGUAAAGUGUUAAAAGCUGUACUAGGUAUGCUUCUUCUUCUUGUUCAUUGAGGCACAGGAUCGACUCUGUACUGACAGAACUGCGAGGUGUGUGUAGUGUGGGAUGUUGCCACUCGUGAUGAUUCUUUACCUUCUCCUAAACUGUUCGGUGAACGAACGACAACUAGUAGUUUGUCUUUGUACUUCUUGUAGUUGCAUCCAUCGAUGCGUUUGCCAAUGUACUUCAAGUUAUAGAAUGUUGGUUCAUGCAGUCAUGCAGAUGUCAUUUCCCUGUGCAUGAAGGUUACUGCAGAUAUUGGUAGCUAGCAAUAUCUGAUCCCUAAAAAGUAAAAACUAUUUCUCAAUAAUCAACAACGACCUUGUCAAUCAGCCUCAUUUUGAUAGCCCAAAAUCAAAUAUGAGCGAAAUGAGGCUAAUUGAGGCCCCAAUAUUCCCGAGAUUGGCUUAAUCAAUUUUGUUGGGCAUGGGUAGUGAUGACAAUUUGAACUCGUUCUGCGGGUAUUAUCCGAUCUGAUUUGUGAUGGGGUGGAUAUUAUCUGAUUCGCAGUAGUGUGGGGCGGGGC